GUUUCAUCGUUACUUCCCCGGUUCACUAUGUCUAUAAUCGUGGGCGCCAGUAGCUUGUACCAAUGGUUGUCGUGACUGGUGUUGGUGAUCGGGACGGCACAUCUUCAGGUCGAGAUGACUCUGCUGAUGUAUUACUUGCACUUCAGAAAUAUCAGACAAGACGUAAGCAAAUUGAAGAGGAGGAAGCACAGAGACGUCGCGAAGGUCUUUUGUCAGAUGAAGACGAUACAAGCAUAGAUGAUGUCUUCAUCCCUGCUAGACUACGGAAGAAAGAAAAAAUGCAUCGAAGAGCUGUUUUGAAACAAGUAUUGCAUGCAAAAGGUGGUGCUCCAGAUGUUGAUGCAGAAAAGGAAGAUUUGGAGUUUUUGGAGCGAAAACGACGCAAAAAAGAGGAGGAAAGGAAGGCAGAAGAAGCAAAAAAGUCACUCCUGGAAAAACAUAAUGAGCUCUUGGAAGCAGAGAUUGGAGACAGAAAUUCAGAAAAAAGGAAACGAGAAGAAGAGCAAAAACUGCUGGAAAGUGUCGCGCCUGGAACAGCUCUCAUGGCUGUUGCCGAAAUUGCCAGAGGCGUCAGAUACGAGGAAUCGAUUAAAACGAGUUGGCAUCCGCCCCGUCAUAUAUUGGCAGUGAGUGACGAGGAGCAUGCAGCAGUACGCCGGAAGAAAGGAAUUUUGGUAGACGGUGACAGUGUACCUCCACCAAUUGGUAGUUUCAUCGAAAUGAAAUUUCCUCCUCCAGUAAUCAAAGCUUUACGCGAUAAAAAGAUCAUCUGUCCAACUGUUAUCCAGAUGCAAGGAAUACCAGUUGCACUUUCAGGACGCGACAUGAUAGGUAUAGCUUCAACUGGUUCUGGCAAAACGUUGACAUUUGCAUUACCAUUGGUUAUGUUUUGCUUAGAGCAGGAAGUGUCUCUACCAUUCCGACAUGGCGAAGGACCAUAUGGUUUAAUUAUUGUACCUUCGCGUGAAUUAGCGAAGCAGAUUCAUGAUGUCAUCGAAAAAUUGUUUGAGAAUAUUUGCGACGGCACGAAGUUUCCAAGACUUCGAGUUGGUCUAUGCAUUGGUGGAUUACCAAUUAGUGAGCAGGCGAGGGUUUUUGAAAGAGGUGUUCAUGUGUGUGUUGCAACGCCUGGUCGUUUGUCAGAUUUAUUAAGCAAAAAAAUUUUCAAUUUGCAAGUCUGCCGAUAUUUGGUACUGGAUGAAGCAGACAGAAUGCUCGAUAUGGGUUUCGAGGAGGAAAUAAGGACUAUAUUUUCAUUUUUCAAGGGUCAACGGCAGACUCUGCUUUUCUCAGCAACAAUGCCUCGUAAAAUACAGAACUUUGCUCGAUCGGCUCUAGUUCGUGCUGUAAUUGUAAAUGUCGGACGUGCUGGUGCUGCAUCAUUGAACGUUGUUCAGGAAAUUGAAUAUGUUCGAGCUGAUGAGAAGCUUACUAGGAUACUGGAUUGUUUGCAGAAAACAGCUCCAAGAGUUUUAAUAUUUGCGGAAAAGAAGAAUGAUGUGGAUAAUAUUUAUGAAUAUUUAUUAGUGAAAGGAGUUGAUGUGGCUUCGUUACAUGGUGGAAAAGACCAAAAAGAUCGUCAUACCGGAGUCGAUGCAUUCAGGCGAGGUGAAAAAGAUGUUCUGGUAGCAACCGAUGUUGCUUCGAAGGGUUUGGAUUUCGAAAAUAUCCAGCAUGUGAUCAAUUUUGAUAUGCCUGAAGAUAUUGAAAAUUACGUCCAUCGCAUUGGACGUACAGGACGUUCUGGUCGGAAGGGAAUGGCAACAACCUUCAUUAAUAGAAGAGCGGAUAUGUCUGUGCUCCAAGAUUUAAGAGCCUUGCUGCUCGAAGCUGGUCAAGAAUUGCCCUUAUUUCUUCGAGAUAUGGGUGGUCAGGAAUUGGAGCAACCAAAUGAUUCUACAAAUGCUGACGAUAAAGGCUGUGCAUAUUGUUCCGGGCUGGGUCAUCGUAUCACAAAUUGUCCGAAAUUGGAAAAUGUUCAAACGAAGACAGCAGCAUAUCUUUCUCGUCCAGAUUACGGAGGCGAAGAGAUUUGAUGGACUUAAAUCAAUAUAUCUUCCUGAUCAUUUCCUGUUUUGGAAUACCGAAUGUAAGGAAUAAAUAAUUUCCAGUAAAACAUAUUUUUCUUCAUGGAGACAAAAGUCAACUGGUGAUUACAGCACGAAUUAAGCCAAAGCACAUGUAAAUGGGCAAGCUGGGGCAGA